UGGGAAGCUCUGGCGUUGGGGGCGGGAGCUGAACAGGACCAAUGAGGAGCGAGUGGGCGGAGACAGAGUGACGGUUGGAGAAACACAAACAUGGCCGAGUCACUGAGAUCCAGAGUCACCGAUCAGAGCAAAAAGGAGAGCUCACCCAUCCCGUCAGGAUCAGCUGAGGAUGGAGGUGACUCCAAAAGAGUCGUGACUGAAGCAACAGGUUCAGCAAAUGAAGAGAGCGUUCUGGGCAAAAGGAGGAGGAUUCUCAGUUGGUGAAAAUAAACAUCUCAAAAUAUCUAAGAAAGGAGGCCGAACCGGAAAGAUUUUGAGCUCAAAACACAACCAAGCGAGUGGAGGAGAGGCCGGGAGCAGCAGAUACUGUUUGACAAAGAGGGAGAGAAGAAAUUGCACUGACGAAAGGAAUCUUCCUGAGGAUGACUACCUGUCUCCCAAAGUGGAUGAUCCUGAGUCUCACUCUCGCCCUCAUUGCAACGUUGUGUUUACUCAUACCGAGUUCUGUCAGAAAGACAGCAGAAGACAUCCCGAGCUCCGUCGAGACACAUCAACACAAUCUGCCUGUAGCGAAAAUGUUUCUUCACCGCAGAGAGAGUGUCAGGGAUCUAUCACGUAUACUGUUGCAGAAAAGGGGUUUAUGCAGAGUCACCAGCGAUCGAUCUCAGGAGAGAGACCGUAUAAAUGUGCCGAAUGCGAAAAGAGUUUCACAUCAUCAAAGAACUUCCGCAUUCACCAACGGUCACACACGGGAGAGAAACCGUAUAAAUGUGCUGAUUGUGGAAAAAGUUUCACAACAUCAAGCAACCUCUACGUUCACCAUCGAUUACACACAGGAGAGAAACCGUAUAAAUGUGCUGGAUGUGGAAAGAGUUUCACACAGUCAGGUGCCCUCCUAAGACACAAGCAAUCACACACGGGAGAGAGACCGUAUAAAUGUAGUGAAUGUGCGAAGAAUUUUACAACAUCAGGGGAGCUUAAGGUUCACUAUCGAUUACACACAGGAGAGAGACCGUAUAAGUGUGCAGAAUGUGGGCAGACGUUCACACACUCGGGUGCCCUCCAAAUUCACCAGCGAUUACACACAGGAGAGAGACCGUAUAAAUGUGGCGAAUGUGGUAAGAGUUUUACACAGUCGGGGAACCUCAAGUUACACCAUCGAUCACAUACAGGAGAGAGACCGUAUAAUUGUGCUGAAUGUGGAAAAAGUUUCUCACUGUCAGGGGACCUCAAGGUACACCAACGAUCACACACAGGAGAGAAACCGUUUGAAUGUGCUGAAUGUGGGAAGGGUUUCACGUCAUCAAGGAAUCUCCAGAUACACCAGCGAUCACACACCGGAGAGAGACCGUAUAAAUGUCCUGAAUGUGGGAAGAGUUUCACAACAUCAGGAAAUCUUCAGGUACACCAGCGAUCACACACAUAUGGAGAGAGACCAUACAAGUGUACUGAAUGUGGAAGGAGUUUCACUAUGAAACAGUACCUCCAAACACACCAGAAAGGGCGUAGAGGAGAGACUAUAUAAAUGUCUUGAAUGUGGGAAUAAUUUGCUGAUUCCAAGCAGAAGAAUGAUCACAAAUGCUCUGAAAGAUGUUACCACUGGAGGAAAGCUUUCCUGGAGCUGUUCAAAGUUAAAAUGAGAAGUUGCUUUGAGAUUAAGGAAAUAAUGUUUUUUUUGAUACACAGCAAUAUAUCCAUUUGAUCGAAUACCAGUGAUUCUCAGUUAAAAGAACAAAUGAUAGUUUUCCCCUUCUCACCUGACCAUGUGCUGCAGUCACUAACACACAGCUGUUGUGCACACGUGAGACUAUCACCAGAGAAAGCAAAACAGAAUUGCACGAUGAGAAAUCAGAGCCGGUGUGUCCCACUGACACAAGUCAUGGCCUCCACUGUUACAGCUCACAUCACAGGUUACAGCUCUGGUCUUUUACCAACAGGUUCGGGUAUCCUUCCUUGUUCAUUACCAACAGAAUGGGUCUGAAUUGGGUUAUUACCCACCAGUUUGCUGUGUGUUUGCUGAUUUAUAUCGUGGGUAAUGUAUUUUAUAUCAGCAGAGUAUUCUGUGUUUGUAGUUUUAUUUCCAGCGCAUAGUAGCAGAAUGCAAUCUGAUAGAGAUUUCGCUAUUAUUGUGGAUUAAUAAAGAAAACAAUUUGAUGGA